CCUUAUGAACUUGUGAAUGCAAAAAUUGACACCGAUCUUCUCGUCAAACAACUAUCCUUAAGCUACCGUGAAGAUGCUCUGUUCAAGGCUUGGACGUUCUGUAUUUCACAAUUCUACGCGAAAACUUGGACGCCAUUCACAACUCUAAAUUUCGAAAUUGAUCAGCUCCUGUACGACUUUUCGCGACGAUUUGCUUCUCCUGCGGAAAGGUUC